AGCGCAGACCCGCCAAAGCAACAGACGUAUCCCCUACGCGAUAACCAAUGCUCCCAUCUCUCUCUCUGUCACUCUCUCUCUCUCUCUCUCGGAUUCAAUCGCUCAACGUCUCGGCGGUUGUAUCCAUCUCCAAUGGGCUCUUCUGCGACGUCGUUCGUGGUUCGUUUUAGAGCUGCUGCCAAUUCGUUCUUGUCUCAGUACGAGCCUCUGGCUCUGCUCUUCGCUCCUCUCCUCGCCAUGUUCCUCGCUCGCGCGCUCCAGUUGUUCCUCAACACCGUCCAUGACAGAGGACUCAAAGCCACCCUCCUUGGGUUCUUCAUGAACUCCAUCAAGUUGGUGCCCUCCGUGAGGAAGUACAUCGAUGAUGAGAAGCAGAAGGUUGUGGAUAAGAUGCAGUCAGGUAGUAAAUCAAAACGAGAUGGUUGGAGGACUGAGCUCCCGAGUGCAGGCUUUGGAGCAGCAGUCAUAGAGAAAAUGAAAGAUGAGAAAACAAAUGAUGCCGCUUGGCAAGGCAAAUGCUCUGGUACAGUCUAUAUUGGAGGGAGUGAGUCUGGAGCGCAUUUUUCAUUGAUAAAUGACGCAUAUUCAAUGUUUGCACAUACAAACCCACUGCAUCUUGAUGUAUUCCAGAGUGUAGUAAGAUUUGAGGGAGAAGUAGUUGCAAUGACAGCUGCACUGCUUGGUAGUAAAGAAAAAGCUUCGGGAGGACAAGUUUGUGGAAAUAUGACAUCAGGAGGAACUGAAAGUAUUUUAUUAGCUGUGAAGUCAUCACGUGAGUACAUGAAAGCGAAGAAGGGAAUCACAAAACCAGAAAUGAUAAUACCUGAAUCCGCACACUCAGCAUAUGACAAGGCUGCACAAUACUUCAACAUCAAGCUAUGGCGUGUCCCUGUGAAUAAAGAAUUCCAAGCAGAUGUGAGGGCAAUUAGGCGAUAUAUUAACAAAAACACCAUCUUGAUUGUUGGAUCUGCACCUGGGUUCCCUCAUGGCAUCAUUGACCCCAUUGAGGAGCUUGGAGAAUUGGCUUUUAGUUUCGGAAUCUGCCUCCAUGUUGAUCUUUGUCUUGGUGGUUUUGUAUUGCCUUUUGCUCGUAAGCUUGGGUACCCUGUUCCACCCUUUGACUUUUCUGUCCAAGGAGUGACAUCCAUAUCAGUGGAUGUACAUAAAUAUGGUUUGGCUCCCAAGGGAACGAGUGUAGUUUUAUACAGAAAUCAUGACAUUAGAAAGCACCAAUUUGUUGCUGUUACUGAGUGGUCUGGUGGGCUUUAUGUGUCCCCAACCAUUGCUGGAAGCAGGCCUGGGGGGUUAAUUGCUGGAGCUUGGGCAGCAUUGAUGUCUCUAGGACUAGAAGGGUACUUGGAGAACACGAAAGAGAUAAUGGAAGUAUCAAAGAAAAUACAGAGAGGAAUAAAGGAGAUUUCUGAGUUAUUUAUCAUUGGAAGGCCUGAUAUGACAGUUGUGGCAUUUGGAUCUAAUGUGGUAGACAUAUUUGAAGUGAACGACUUACUGUCCUCUAAAGGCUGGCAUUUGAAUGCAUUACAGAGACCCAACAGCAUUCAUAUCUGCAUAACUCUUCAACAUGUUCCAGUUGUUGAGGACUUCCUCAGGGAUUUGAGGGAAUCUGUGCAAACCGUUAUCAAAAACCCAGGGCCAAUAAAUGGAGGGCUUGCUCCGAUAUAUGGCGCUGCAGGGAGGAUGCCUGAUAGAGUUAUGGUUCAGGAAUUAUUGGUCAAUUUCAUGGACAGUUCAUGCUAAUGGCAUUUCCUGCUUUAGGGCUUGCUCCAAAUUUUUCACAUGUUGUGCUAAAAUUCGUCGUCAAUGUUUAAAGAAGAAAAUGAUUUGAAGGAAACAAAAACUUCCAGUAAUUGAUAUUUUCAUUUUUUACAUGAUGUCUUUGCUCAAAUAGAAUCAAUACAAUUGUGGAAUAUUUUUAGGUUGUGAAUUGUGAUACAACCAUGUUCAUUGCUUC